AUGGCACUGUGCCUGAAGCAGGUGUUCUCCAAGGACAAGACGUUCAGGCCGCGGAAGCGCUUUGAGCCGGGCACGCAGCGCUUUGAGCUGUAUAAGAAGGCACAGGCGUCGCUCAAGUCCGGCCUGGACCUGCGCAGCGUGGUGAGGCUGCCGCCGGGCGAGAACAUAGAUGACUGGAUCGCCGUGCACGUUGUGGACUUCUUCAACCGCAUAAACCUCAUCUACGGCACCAUGGCCGAGCGCUGCAGCGAGACCAGCUGCCCGGUCAUGGCCGGUGGGCCUCGCUACGAGUACCGCUGGCAGGAUGAGCGCCAGUACCGGCGGCCGGCUAAGCUCUCAGCGCCGCGCUACAUGGCGCUGCUCAUGGACUGGAUCGAAGGCCUCAUCAACGAUGAGGAUGUCUUUCCCACGCGCGUAGGAGUUCCCUUCCCCAAGAACUUCCAGCAGGUCUGCACCAAGAUCCUGACCCGCCUCUUCCGCGUCUUUGUACACGUCUACAUCCACCACUUUGACAGCAUCCUCAGCAUGGGGGCCGAGGCGCAUGUCAAUACCUGCUACAAGCAUUUCUAUUACUUCAUCCGCGAGUUCAGCCUGGUGGACCAACGGGAGCUGGAGCCACUGAGGGAGAUGACAGAGCGGAUUUGUCACUGA